GAUGUAACUCACAACAUCCCGUUGUUUCCAUGGCUCUCACCGUGUCAGGACGGAGAGUUAGCAUAAAUCCCAAGGACACAGAAAUAACAUGAACGUGUCACGUGUAGCUGCAGACAUCGAACUCGUUCUCAGGUCGGAUUCGACGCUUUCUCCCGAGAAGAGAACCAGGAUGAACCGGUUUAACUCCACCGUGUCCGCGGACCAGUACCUGGCUGACAGCAACGUGUUGUUCUACCUGAGUGAUGCUGUCACUCAGCUGCUGGAGCACAAGGAGGAAUACACUCAGUUCGGGCUGAUCCGAUACUUUGCUGAAUAUUUCAGCAGCGUGAAGAACAGUAACCACGUCCUCUUCAGAGAAUACAACUACAUCAGGGCCACUCCUCACAACCGAGCCUCCUUCAUCAGAGUCUUCUGGAGGUGCUUCAGACAGAUCGGCAAGAGCGGAGACUUACUCUCCGUGCUGGAGUACAAGUCUCUGCUGCAGUUGUUGUGUCCAGACUUCCCAGUUGAGGUGGUGCAGAGUGCAGCCAGAAUUGUGCUGAUGGACGACGCCAUAGACUGUCUGAUGUCCUUCUCUGACUUUCUCUACGCCCUCCAGCUGCAGCUCUACUACCAAGAGUUCCUGGACAGCGUCCUGAUGAUCUACCACGACCUGCUGGCGGGGAAGAGUCCCAACACCGUGAUCGUCCCCACCUCCGACUCCGUAGAGCAGCUCCCCUCCCUGGCCGCAGAGGAGAACGACAAGGAGCGGCAGCAGCAGCCGGACGGCGUUGAACCGUCAACUCUUUGUCAAAGUAUAGACGCCCUCUGUGACCGGUUCAAACACAGUCAUCCUUCCAGGUCCUGCAUGAGAGAAGUUCUGGAAGACACUGACAAAAUCUGUUACUACAGCUUCUUAAUGAGUCUCGCUAAACAUGAGAGCAUCAACCAAACCAUCGGAGUGUUACCGAGCAGAGCAGAGUCACUUAUUGACCCAGAGAUGGACCAGGAACUGGACAAACUAAUCGCUCAGAUCUCCGUGAGUCCCGGCAGCAACAGCAGCGGCAGCGCGGUGGUCGGGCUGAAGGAGCUGCAGAGGAAGGCCUCGCCCCGGAGGAACAUCCACCACAGACGGAGGAUCGAGGUGGAGAGCGACGGCUCCACAGAGGAGACCGACUCCUCUGAGAACUAACUCCACCGCUCAAUGUCCUCUUCCGUCUUCAGUCCUAAACACAAAGAGUCCAAACCUUCUUGCCUGUUAUUUGCUUUGUUCACUCCCUCACCUGACCGGGGGAAAGAGUGAUAGAGCUGGAGACCAUGUGACCGUCCCUGGUCACAUGACGCAGCCUCGCUCUGCGGCUGAGGUGUGUCCUGAGUUUCACUGUCAUGUUUGUUCUCCUAUCAUCCCUGGUAGAUAUCAAACUUAUUACCUUUACUGUUAAUAAGCAUCACAACCGAGCUCGACAGCAGCAAAGGUCUUUGCAAAGUUAAAGUAAUGAAGUAGUUUUACGUCCUUUAAGUUAUUUAGCAGUAGAAGGCAGGUUUUAUUGCUUAAGGAGCUAAAUAUAUCAACGUCUGCCUUGUUUGAGUUACUGACUUUAUGUUUCAUAUCCAAACCAGCUUCAGGCUCCUCAUCCCAGUCUGUGGGCGGACGCACACCUCACUGGUUUCAAUCCUCUCACUUUGUAUAGUCACAUUAACUAACAUAACUAUUAGGAAGAGUAGAUAAAAGUUAUGUUUCAUAAUCAUGUGAAAUAAUUGAGGAUGUUAAAGAACAGAUUCUGGUCAGUUACUGGAAAAUAUAUAUAUAUAGCACUGAUUUAUUUAUUAUGAUGCAAAGCUUGAAUGUGAAUAUGAUAUUAUAUGAAUGAGAUGUUUACUCACACUGUGAAUAAUAAAGUCACUGAUAUCGCA